AUGAAGAUGGACGAUCAGGGUAUUCUCCGUACCGUGGCAAGGCUUGACUCGAGAGCCCUUCGAGCCGAACAGGCAUACGCGAAGCUUGAGCAAGAGGUCAGGUCUCUGCAAGAGAGCCUCAGGCUGUCCAAAGAGGAUUUUGAUCAUGUUACCCGUCUUCUGGAAAUUUUCUAUGAGCUCAACCAGAGGACUGGGGCUGUUGUGGACUACUUGCUGCGGGAGCGUGCGGCGCCAGAAAAUGAAGGGGAGCCAUUGUCUAUCCAGGUUAUGCUAGGAACUAUUUUUAAAAAGCUUGGGGAGAAUGAGGAAACCGAACAAAGUUGA